GACUCGCUGGGCGAGAGCAUCCGCCGCCUGACGGCCCCCGCGCCUCAGACCAUUCGGCAAACUCUUCAAAGGACACUGCAGCAUUUUGAGCAUCAAGUUAUUGGUUACAGGGAUGCAGAGAAGAACUUUCACAAUAUAUCAAACAGAUGCUCCUAUACAGACUGCUCUGGCAAUGAAGAAACUGAAGAUGUCUCAGGAAUUCUCCAGUGUACGGCUAAUGUACUUGGUUUGAAGUUUGAGGAAAUGCAAGAAAAGUUUGGGGAGGAAUUCUUCAAUAUCUGCUUUGAUGAGAAUGAAAGAGUUCUUCGAGCUGUAGGUGGGACCCUUCAAGACUUCUUCAAUGGCUUUGAUGCUUUGCUGGAGCACAUUAGAACUUCAUUUGGAAGACAGGCCACCCUGGAAUCCCCUUCUUUCCUAUGCAAAGAGCUCCCUGAAGGCAAUCUCAUGCUUCAUUACUUUCAUCCACAUCAGAUUGUGGGAUUUGCAAUGAUGGGAAUGAUAAAAGCAGCAGCAAAGAAGAUUUACCGCUUGGAAGUGGAAGUAGAACAGGUCACUAAUGAUAAGUUGUGUUCAGAGGGGACGAACCCAAGUAACUGCAGCUGUCUGACUUACCUUAUCAAAGAACAUGAAAAUGCAAAUAUCACAAAAGCACUUCCACCAGGAACUUCCCAGUCCCCUUUAGACCUGAGGAUUAGCAUCAGCACCUUCUGCAGAGCUUUCCCAUUUCACCUGAUGUUUGAUCCAAACAUGCUGAUUCUGCAGCUUGGAGAAGGUCUUAGGAAGCAGCUCAGAUGUGACACUCAUAAAACUUUGAAAUUCCAAGACUGCUUCGACAUAGUUUCUCCUAAAAUCAGUGCCACGUUUGAACGAGUUCUCCUGAGAUUAUCUACUCCCUUUGUCAUUCGGACCAAACGCGAGGAUUCUGGCUCUGAAAAUAAAGAUAAGGUGAUGGAAAUUAAAGGACAAAUGAUUCAUGUGCCAGAAUCAAAUUCGAUUUUGUUUCUGGGUUCCCCCUGUGUGGACAAGCUGGAUGAACUGAUGGGCCGAGGCCUCCAUCUUUCGGACAUACCUAUCCAUGAUGCUACUCGCGAUGUCAUACUGGUUGGGGAGCAAGCAAAAGCCCAAGAUGGCUUGAAAAAACGAAUGGAUAAGCUGAAGGCAACGCUAGAAUGCACACACCAAGCCCUGGAAGAGGAGAAAAAGAAAACAGUAGAUCUCCUUAUUUCUAUUUUCCCUGAAGAAGUGGCUCAGCAGUUGUGGCAGGGGCAGCAGGUUCAGGCCAGGAAGUUUGAUGAUGUCACCAUGCUCUUCUCGGACAUUGUUGGCUUCACUGCCAUCUGUGCCCAGUGCACGCCCAUGCAGGUCAUCAGCAUGCUGAAUGAACUCUACACGCGGUUUGACCAUCAGUGUGGAUUCCUGGACAUCUACAAGGUGGAAACAAUAGGUGAUGCGUACUGCGUUGCAGCAGGGCUCCAUAAGAAAAGCCUUAGUCAUGCUAAAGCCAUUGCCCUGAUGGCACUGAAGAUGAUGGAGCUUUCAGAAGAAGUUCUCACUCCAGAUGGAAGCCCUAUUAAGAUGAGGAUAGGCAUUCACUCAGGAUCAGUGCUGGCCGGUGUCGUUGGUGUAAGAAUGCCACGUUAUUGCCUCUUUGGGAACAAUGUCACCCUUGCAAGCAAGUUCGAGUCAGGAAGUCACCCACGCCGCAUCAAUGUCAGUCCAACCACAUAUCAGCUUUUGAAAAAGGAAGAAAAUUUUAUUUUUAUCCCUCGUUCCCGUGAAGAGCUUCCAGAAAACUUUCCAAAGGAAAUUCCUGGGAUCUGUUACUUCCUCGAGGUCAAAAGUGGUCAGAAGCCGCCAAAACCCUCCAUCACGUCUGCCAGAGUGAGAAAGGUUUCUUACAACAUUGGCACCAUGUUCCUCCGGGAGACUAGCCUAUGAGGCCUGCUGCAGAUCAAAGACUCGUCAAAAAAGCACAAGCCCAGAACUGGGUCAUGACAGGGGAGUUGGAGGUUCUUUCUAUUUCACUGCCUUGUUCUGAACAAGCAGUAAAAGCUCCAUGUAAUAUCAGGCAAUAAUCAUUUUAAAAGGUGGGUGACUGCUGUCAGUAAACAAAGUGGAGAUAGGGAAAAAAAAUUAAACAACGUACUUCCACUUCCAGAGGAAUUUCUUUUAUACA